AUGGCCUCUCCUCAGCAAAUCCGCACCGAGAUCACCGACCUGUUCGGCAUCAAGCACCCCAUCCUGCUGGCCGGCAUGAACGUCGCCGCCGGCCCUAAGCUGGCUGCGGCCGUCACCAACGCCGGCGGCCUGGGCGUGCUGGGUGGUAUCAACUACACCCCCGAGAUGCUCCGCGACCAGAUCAACGAGCUCAAGAAGAACCUUAUCGACAAGAACGCCCCCUUCGGCGUCGACCUCCUGCUGCCUCAGGUCGGCGGCAACGCCCGCAAGACCAACUAUGAUUACACCAAGGGCAAGCUCAACGAGCUAAUCGACAUCAUCAUCGAGUCGGGCGCUAAGCUCUUCGUCUCUGCCGUCGGUGUCCCUCCCCGCCACGUCGUCGAGAAGUUGCACAAGCACGGCGUCCUCUAUAUGAACAUGAUCGGCCAUCCCAAGCACGUCAAGAAGUGCCUGGACCUCGGCGUCGAUAUCAUCUGCGCCCAGGGUGGUGAGGGCGGUGGCCACACCGGCGAUAUCGCCACCACCGUACUGAUCCCCGCCGUCGUCGAGGCCGUCAAGGGCCACAAGUCCCCCCUGACCGGCAAGCCCGUCCAGGUCAUCGCUGCCGGCGGUAUCCACAACGGCCGGCUGCUGGCCGCCGCCCUUAUGAUGGGCGCCUCGGCCGUCUGGGUCGGCACUCGUUUCGUGCUCUCCGAGGAGGCCGGUGCCCCCGAGGCCCACAAGGAGGCCGUGCGCACCGCCGGCUUCGAUGACACCAUUCGCACGCUCAUCUUCACCGGCCGCCCGUUGCGCGUCCGCAAGAACCCGUAUAUCAUGAACUGGGAGGAGAACCGCCAGCAGGAGAUGAAGGAGCUGUGCGCCCGCGGCAAGAUCCCCUACGAGGCCGAUCUCGAUAAGGUCAUGGCCGGCGAGGCCGAGGAGACCGCUGCCAUUAAGGGCGCCACUAUGAUGAACGUUGGCGCUGAUGAUGAUGUCGAUGCCGAUGAGCUGCUCGACCAGUUCCGCCCUUACCUCAUGGGCCAGUGUGCUGCUGUUGUUAACGAGAAGAAGCCCGCCAAGGAGAUUGUCGACGAGUUCAUCCGCGAUGCUGUCGCUGCCAUCAAGCGGGGCGAUGCCUACCUGGCUGCUGCUGGCAAGAGCAAGUUGUAA